AUGUCCGAAGUCAGCGCGAAAACCGGCGAAGCCGUCGCGAAGGGGAAAGCGGAGGUCCAGGAGAGCAUGGACAAGGCUCGGCACCCGACGAGCAAGGAGGCGCGCGCGAUCGCGGACGCGAAGGAGGCGCAGCGGAAGGAACACGCGGAGCUGGAGAAGGAGCGGAAGAUCGCGGGCGCGAUGGAGAGGGAAGCUGCGGAGAAGGAGGCGCGCCACGAGAAGCACGGCGUGAUGGGCGCUGGGUAUACCACUGGUCAUCAUGGCACCACUGGUGCUGCGCAGGUGGGGCAUAGCACAGAGGGCACGGGACUUGGCGGGACAACCACUGGCACUGGCAGUGAGACUACUGGCGGAACUGCUGGUCGCAGGCAUGUGUUUCAGUAA